AUGGACGGGAUCCUAACUCCCAGAGAAUCCGCAAAGUUCAUUGCAGAAAACAGUCAGGAUGUGUUCAUCGACGGUGCAGGCGUGCGGAGUGUGGCCGAGCUGCUGCUCGCGAAGGCCUCGGGGCCGGACCUGCGUGUGGCGGGGUGGAAGACCCUUCAUGAGCUGAAUCCCAAGGCGGCCGACGAGGCCGCGGUCAACUGGGUCUUCGUGACAGACACGCUUAAUUUCUCCUUUUGGUCGGAGCACGACGAGCACAAAUGUCUGGUGGGGUACAAAGGAAAAACGUACAGUGGAUACUGGUCUCUGUGCGCCGCGGUCAACCGAGCCCUCGACGAAGGGAUUCCAAUAACUAGUGCCUCCUACUAUGCCACAGUGACCCUGGAGCAGGUUCAGCAUAUAUUCCGUUCUGACACAGACGUUCUCAUGCCUUUGAUAGAAGACAGGCAUAGGAUUCUCAAUGAAACCGGGAAAAUUCUGCUUGAGAAGUUUGGAGGCUCUUUUCUUAAUUGUGUCCAAAAAAGUGAACAAAGUGCACAGAAGUUAAUGCAUCUGGUAGUUGAAAGUUUUCCUUCGUACAGAGAUAUAACUGAGUUUGAGGGGAAAAGGAUUUCUUUUUAUAAACGGGCCCAAAUCCUUGUGGCAGAUACAUGGAGUGUGUUAGAAGGAAAAGGAGAUGGCUGCUUUAAGGACAUCUCCAGUAUCACCAUGUUUGCUGACUACAGGUUACCUCAGGUUCUUCUUCAUCUUGGGGCCCUGAGAUACUCUGAUGAACUACUAAAGAAGCUUCUUAAAGGAGAAAUGCUCUCAUAUGGGGAUAAGCAAGAAGUAGAAAUCAGAGGGUGCUCAGUUUGGUGUGUUGAGCUGAUCCGGGAUUGUCUUUUGGAGCUUAUUGAAAAAAAGGGUGAAAAAAUGAGUGAAGAGAUCAAUGCCAUUCUUCUGGAUUAUUACUUAUGGGACUAUGCUCAUGAUCACAGGGCCAAAAUGAACGGAAUUCCAUUUCAUCGCAUACGUUGCAUAUAUUACUGACCUGAAGUGUAAACUGAUCCAAGGAAACCUCCCUGCGUUUGUCUGUCACUUGUACAGUUCUGCUUGGAUAGUAAGAGAAGAUGGUACAGGCCAUAGGAACAAGAAAAUUGAUUAUUCAGUCCCCACUGAAAUUUUUUUCCUGACAUGUCACCAUGUAUGCCUGACUUUAUCCUUUUUUGCCUAUUUAGUUUUGACUACGUUUAUCCUUUCUGCGGACACAUGAUUGAUAGAAAUAAUGAAGAAAUUGUAAUGCCUUCCCCUUUUAAGUCUUAGAUUUCUUAAAAUUAAUCAUGCCUUAUAAAAUCUGAUUCAUCUUCAGUGAGAAUAUUUUGUUCAUUCAAUUGAUAUCUUUUCUUGAGGUGCAGUAAUUUUUUAUAUGCUUUAAUCAUUUGAUAGUAAAAAAGAAGAGAGAGGGUAGGGUCUUUGAUGUAUGAAUGCUGUCGCUCUUGUAAAAUCAACCUUGACUAUUUAAAAUUUUUUUUAUUGGUAAUGAUAUUGGGUACUGUAUGUGAUGAUUUUCAGUUUAGGAUAUCUGCCAAGGAUUUUUUCCCCAGAGUAACUGCAUUGGAAUUGAAUAAAGAUUUUUAAAACUUUUUUUAAA